AUGCUUGUUACAAAGCAUGCAGCUGAGCUCUGUGCUCUCCUCGUGAACGACCUCUACGGCGAGCUCCCCUCGCGUAUUCUUUCCGCACUUCUCACGAAAGGCCGAUCCACGAUCGCACAGCUCGCACAGCACACGUCCCUCCCUCCAAGAUUCCUCCGAAACGGUUUGAGCGUCUUGGUCCAGCAAAAUCUUCUUUUUCACCACACCGACUCUGACAGCAGAGGAACGAGCUACGAAGCCAACUCAGAUGCCUGCUACAAUCUCGUUCGAUCGGGAAAGAUACUAGAGGCUAUAGAAAGCCAGUAUGGUACUGCGGAGCGCGAUCUGGUCCAAACGCUUCUUCAGCUUGGAUUCGCCCGCAUCGCGGACUUGACGCAGGCAUUCAAAGGCAGAACGUCGAAAACAAAUGGCCACACCAAUGGAUCCACAGAGAUGGCGUCUGGGCUGAUUGAGUCGGAGUCGCAUCUGAAUGCGGUUCUGGGUAGACUCAUUCAAGCCGAAAUAGUCGAGACUAUGCGCGCCGACAGCUUCCGCAACCCGCGCGACGUGCAUCGCGAGAUCGAACAAGACGUGACGCGAACAGGCCCCGGUGAGAAGACGAGCAAAAUUACAGCGGAGCAAUAUGGGCAAAUCCGGUCAAAAUACCGUACAUUCAAAGAGCAGGGCAUGAGUUUAAAACGUCAGCUGGACAUUACGAGGGGCGCAUCUGGUAAAAGACGGAAGCUUCAAAAUGGCAAAGGACAUCAGUUGGAUGAUGAGUUUGACGCACCCCCUCUCAAUCCCAAUAUUGUCGUCAGAAUUAAUCACGAAAAGUGUCUGGUUGAAUUGCGCAAUGAUCGAUUGGCGACAUUCGCAGCGGAUAUGCUCGGCGAAGUUACAGGAACGGUUUAUCGAACGCUUCUUGAUCUCUUGUCCGUCGACAUCUCAAGAUGUCGAGCGGACCCGCUACUUGAAGAAGAGACGCCUGGUCACAAAGUAACGGUUACUACCUUGGAAAUUUAUAAUCACUUGGACGAAACUGUCGACGUCCAAGGCGGUAUUGGCAAAGCUCCGAAAGAUAAGAUUGAUCACCAGAGCGCAGAGAAGAUCAGGCCAGAACCGCAAGAUUCCGAUAGUGAGUCGGACGCUUCCGAUAGCGAAAUUCCUGUACGGAGGCCUUCGGCUGCCGCCAGAAGUUUGGAUUUCGAUAUGGAUAAUGGCUUCGGAUCAGACGAACAUAAAGAGAAUGGCGUGGCUCACACGAAUGGGAAUGGCAAACCAAAAGUAAAAUUCGAGGAUGACGGAACGUCGAAAAACAACCGCAUUGAACAAAUGCGCCAGCACUUGUUUCUGCUAGCAGAAAGCAAGCAUCGAUUUGUGAGACACUGUGGUGUUCAGGGCCGUGGGCAGUGGACUGUUGACUUCUCCAAGGUUCUCAAUCGGCUGAAGGAAACAGAGCUUGAUGCGUACAUUGAACAGUCCUUUGGGCGACAUGGGCUACGGCUGACGCGCAUCCUGCGAGAAAAGGGCAAACUCGAUGAGAAAAUGCUGCCGUCGGCUGCGCUCAUGAAGAAGUCGGACGUCCAACUCAAGAUGAUUGCCAUGCAAAUGGCUGGUCUUGUCGACGUGCAGGAGGUACCAAAGGACAACAGUCGCAUGGCUAAUCGAACACUGUUCUUCUGGUUCUUUGACAGAGAAAGAACGGAAUCACAGGCUCUUGAUGACAUAUACAAGGCUAUGGUGAGAUGUUUACAGACGAUGCAGGUCGAGCGGCACAGGGAACGAAAUAUCCUUUCAUUUGUGGAGCGGAAGGAUGUACAGGGCAAGGAAGAGGAGGUGAUGACAUCGGAACAUUACGACAAGUACAACAAGCAUCUAAAGGUGCAGGAAAAGCUUCUUGGGCAGGUCAUGCGUUUGGAUGAAAUGGUUGCCAUUUUCAGGGACUAUUGA